AUGGGCGACGAGCGACCUCAUGGUGGGAAAAGGUCCCUAGAAUCAGCCAUUGAGGAAACCGGGCUCAAGGCAUUUCAACCUUCCGGCGAUGAUGCCUCCCGCUUAGAAGGCCAACAAGAGUUUGGCGCUCUACUGUCGAGAAUCAAUACUAUGGCACUCAUGUCCGCCCUAACUAAGUUGAACCAGCCUGGUCGUGUUCCAGAAUGGCUUCGAGUUCAUCUCAUGGACGUGCUUACCCUGCUUCCGCAUCGGCCAGAUGGCGUUAGAGCUACCUUAGAAUUCGUCUUUUCCGUCCACCCGUCAAGUACCGUCAAGACAUCCGAGGCCGAGAUGCCGCAGAAGCAGGGUGCGAAUAUUACCAUGGAGGCUUUGAAAAUGGCCUCAAGGAUACUAUCAACUCCGCCAGCUACAGUACCACCAGAACAGUGGUUCCCCGGCAUUGCGCCGCAGCUUCUGGCUCUCCUCGAUGGAAACUACGGCGCAGACCUCGUGAAAGCUACCGCUUAUGUUAUUGGCUUUGGCGUGUUAGGGAGGAAGCAAUUUGGGGCCCCAGGAACGCCCGGGUGGAAAGCGUUUGCUGAGCCGAUGCUGGCCAAGAUAGACCCCACCCUAUCGUCGCAAGAACCAACGACUGAACCCCUUGUAUUCAGCGCCGGCCCGGAUGAGGUCAUCGACUUACACAAAGAGUCUAUUCUGGUCGACGCAGAUGAGAUUUAUAUUGCGUUGAAGCGCCUCUCUUCAUUGCUAAACUCUCAUCCUAACCCAGGCUUGACCAAGAGGCUUCUAGCACCGUUGACAACAGCCCUGUGGACCCUAUCGUCAUGGGCAUCUGCGAACGAAGAAUUUGACAACCGGUAUCGACGUCCAGCAAAUACGCUGCUCAGAAUAUACUUCAAACUCGCCGGCUCUCCAGAGAAGUUUCAACAUCUGUUAAACAAUUUACUUAGCAACGGCAAUACGGACACUUCUAAGAAACCCCACUGGGCUUAUGAAAGAGUAGGGGAUUCGAAUAUCCAGAUAAAACGGUUACGAGAGUCAAAUAACACAGCCUAUAACUUAGACCUAGGUCUCCUUGAUUCUAAGUCCGAUGCUUUCGUGGAGCUUUUAAAAUAUGUUGGAAGCCAUAUGGACGCCUCUACGCUAUUUCUAUCCCUACUCCGAGGCUCGCUUGGGUCUACCGGGGCUACCUCUAAGAUAAAAAUAACCCUUAUAGAUGCACAGCAAAAGGACCCAGCAGCGCAGCUCGUGGAAGCAAAGGUAUUACAGAACAUGAUGGAGAAACUGUCCGACCGGCUUGUUUCAGGCUGGAGACAGCUGCUGGAACUUGUCAGCCAGAUCUUGGGCGAGUCGCAAACGCCGUCUGCUGUCGUUAACGACGACGCGACAGGAGUCGCGCUUAGCCUACUAAACCUCGUUGUUACCGCCCCCGGCUUCCAAAAGUCGCAUGCCGACCCUAGCAUCCUCGCAUCUAUCGAAGGAUCACUCGCGAAAAUCGGUAAGUCGCAGGAGUCUGAUUUGGCGCAAACAGCACGCAACCUCUCCCUCCUCCUCGAGUACCGGGACACCCUAGACGAUCCAGCUGAACACACCACUGCACCUACGGAUCGACAGGUGGAAGACCGCAAGACUUAUAACCUGGCGAUCUCCUACAUAACACAAAUAGACUCGCCCCCACCAGUGCGCACCGAGGGACUAAACCUGCUGUCCGGCCUGAUACGAGCCAACAGUUCCAUCCUCGACAUCCAAUCCACGCUCGUCCUCCUGUCGUCCUUACUAACCCAGAACGACGACUACAUCAACCUAACCGUCGUGCGGCUCUUCACGCAACUAGCCAGCAAGCACCCGCGCUCCACCGUCAAAGAGAUCCUAGACCACUACGUAGACGCCAACGAGCUCGAGACAACCGACACGCGCCUCCGCUUCGGCGAAGCUCUUCUCCAAGUAAUCCAGCGCCGCGGCGAGACCUUCAUCGGCGAGACCGCAUCCCAAGUCGGCGAAGCCCUCCUCGCCCUCGCCGGCCGCCGCGCCCACCGCCCCCAGACGCAAGCGAAGCAGGAGCGCGCACAGCGCCUCCGAGAACUAAAAAACAAAGCCGCGCGCGACGCCUGGCAGGGCGAGGUCCCCGACCUCAGCGACCUCAACUCCGAAGAUGACAAGCGCACAGCCGACGAAAAAACCCGCGACGAAAUCAUCGCGCACAUCGUGUCCGGCUGGGAAAGCAAGCGCGGCGCCGAAGACCUGCGCAUGCGCGCCUCCGCCCUCUCCAUCUUCUCCCUGUGCCUCGAGACGCACGCCCUUGGGCUCCCCGCCCCUCUCAUCCAGGCCUCCAUCGAUCUGUGUCUUAACAUCCUAUCCCUCGAGCCCGACCCCGAAGCCGGCAUCCUGCGGCGCGCCGCCAUCAUCCUCGUGCACGAGUUCGUGCGCGCGCUCGCGCACAAGCGUCUCGGGUUCGGGGUCCCCGAUGCGACGCGCCGCGAUAUCACGCGUGCGCUGGAGUACGUCGCACAGACGGAUAACGAUGGGCUUGUGCGGCGGCAUGCGAGGGAUGUGGUGGAGGGUUUGGGGAAUUCGCAGUUGAGCAUGCUUGUGCCUGCGGCCGAGACGCAGGGACCGGCGGUGCUGACGCGGCUGGCGGGCUUGGAUUUGGAUAUCGGGUUGGAUGCGAGACCGAGUUUGCCGAGUUUGGAGCCGGGGGCUAGGCCGAGGAUUGAGGAGAUUGAGUAG